AUGCUCCUUGGGGCCGCGCUGCCUUGGCCCCUUCCUCACCUCCGUGCCAUCCGCAAGACUCAUGCCGCUCUACCACAUCAUCCAUCGGCGCCCAAGCUCGAUAAAUGGAUCCUCGCAGAGGCGGACUUCGCGUACAAGCGCAUUCUUGAUAACAUCGGGCCAGCCGCAGGCGUUCGCGACGGUGUGGUAAUUGCUUCGCCGAGCAAGGGGGACAACAGCUCGGAGCCAGACUAUUUUUACACAUGGACACGCGACGCGGCUCUCACCAUCACCUCACUUCUUCCAUCCUUCCUUCCCGAGUCAUACCUAUCUCCAUGGCACAGUGUGUGGUCGACCGACGCUCCCCUUCAGCGGUCGCACACGAACUCCGAUCCACUCCUGGAGGGCCUUGUGCGCUCCUACAUUUCCUUUCAAGCCAAGCUUCAGCGCAUUCCCAACCCCUCGGGCGAUCUAUGGACAGGCGGCCUUGCCGAGCCCAAGUUCACAGUCAGUGGUGCUCCAUACAUGGGCGCUUGGGGUCGUCCACAACGGGACGGACCGGCACUGCGCGCCCUCGCGCUCAUCCCAUACGCUCACUGGCUGCUCGACCGAGGCCACUCCUCGGACCUUGCAUACGUCCGUCGAGCGCUGUACGACUCGCACGCGAUCCGACAGCCCGGGAUUGUGCUCAAGAACGAUCUCGAGGAGGUUGCUAACAGUUGGCACCGGCCCUCCUUUGAUCUGUGGGAAGAGGUGCAGACUCGGCACCUGUGGACUGACGCCGUUGCGCGCCGUGCGUUGCAGGCUGGCGCUAGGCUCGCUACCCGUUUGGGGGACCAUGGCGCAAGCGGGUUCUACGCAGCCCAGGCCGCGAAGCUCGGCGAGCACAUGCAGAGCUACUACCACGCCUCCAAAGGAUGGCGCGCUUUCGACAACCCGGGCCGGCGGACAGGCCUUGACGCCGCCAUCCUCCUCGCGUCCCUCCAUGCGGGAGGGGGCAAUGCCACCGAGGAUCUUGCUCCCGGCACUAUGCUCUCCAGCCUGCGCCAGUAUGUCCUCUCAUUUGCCGGGCUCUACGAGACGAACAGCGGAAACUGGACAGACGGCUGGCUCGUUGGGCGCUAUGCUGAGGACGUUUACGACGGUGUGGGCUUUUCUGGCGGGAACCCAUGGUACAUCACGACAUUUGCUGUCGCAACGACGCUCUAUCGCGCCCAGCGUGAUUUCGCCGAGGCGGGCAAGAUCGAUUUGGACGACAAUAACGCCGCAUUCUGGUCGGAUGUCCUGGGACCCGCUGGUCACUUCGUACAGUGGGAGGCUGGGCGCUGGUCUGCCGGGACAGCGGGCUUUGAGCGCGCGAUGACGGCGCUGGGGCGCGUCGCGGACGCUUUUGUGAUCAAGGCUGCGCGGACUAUGCGCGGAGGAAGGAUGAGCGAGCAGAUUCGCGGAGGCAAGGGGCGCGGCGCUCGCGACCUCACAUGGAGUUAUGCGUCGUUUCUUGAGGUCAAGCGGGCGCGUGAUGCGGCCAAGGCGGCGUGGGGGCGGGCGAGGGAGGAGGCGCGGCGGGAGCGCGAGGCGCUGCGCCGGCCGAGGCAGUAG